AUAAUUAGUAUCUCAUUUCUCCCAACCCAUACUUCUUUUUCCUUGUAAAGUCUCCCACACAAGAAUUGAAAAAAAAAAAUUCAAAAAAUUGUUUCAGAUUUCAGCAUACCUAAAUUCAGCAUUGUGGCAGAAUAAUUAACACUAGUGAAUAAAAUCAAUUGAAACAAUAAUAAAUUUGCUAUGUACUGUACAUCAAUAGGACCAUCGUGAAAAAUGAUCUAAAACGUGCCAUUCACAUUUCUCUUCUCUCUAUUUUCAAUAAAAAACAAUUAAGUUUCGAAUUAAUAAAUUGACGUACUCGUAGUACAUAUGUAGACAAGCUUUAUUCUCUUUAUUUAUAUAUGGAAAAUGUCUUCCUGAGGUCUUGAAAUUGAAACAAUAUUGUCCAUAGUAUUUUUCAACUUUAAAAUUUAAAUGAUAUCAGUUCUUGUUAAGAUCCCAAACUGUUCAGUGUUCUUACACCUCAAACGCUAAACUUAUGAAAUAGUUUAAAGAUAACGAAUACCGUAAUACAAUUAAAUAAUCAAAUACUUAGUUUUGUGAAAAGAUUAUUAUUAUUAUUUCAUUGUCAAUUGUGUGUUUAACAAGUGCAUUAUCAAAAGUUGGAAGAAAUGGGCUCCAAAAACACAGAAAAGGACACUACCAAUAGUAAAUCGGUCAGUUUUGUUCAGCUAUUCCGAUAUGCAACGCCUUUCGACUGCUUCCUAUUAUUUAUUGCAUUCAUUUCCUCCAUUAUCAAGGCUGCAAUCUAUCCUUCCGGUAUAAUUGCUUACAGUGAAUUAGUUGCAAUGUUUGUGGAUCGCAAUAUGGGCUUUGGAACUUCUUCGAAAACCAUUUCAUUGCCUUUAUUUGGUGGUGGCAAAAUACUAACAAAUGCAACCAAAGAAGAAAACAUGGCCGAGUUGAGAAAUGAUUCUUGGGCAUUUGGAUAUAUUUUGACAAUACUUGCAAUCGUGCUGUUCUUCUCUGGAGUUAUCUUAAUUGAUAUUUUAAAUCAUGUAGGCCUGAAAAUCACUUCAAGAAUUAGACGGGAAUUUUUUAAGGCCACAAUAAGAAAGAACAUAGCAUGGCAUGAUGCUUCUUCAAAUCAAAACUUUGCAGUUCGAAUUACAGAUAAUUUGGAGAAAAUUCGUGAUGGAAUAUCCGAAAAAUUGGGACAUUUUGCGAACCUAAGUAUCGGUGUCGUAAUUGUCAUAACUUUUUCAUUUGUCUACGGUUGGAAGCUGACUCUAGCCGUUAGUGCUUAUAUUCCUUUGGUUUUAGUCACAAACUAUGUCGUAGCAAAGUAUCAAAGCAAACUCACGAUUCGUGAGCAAGACUCAUACGUAGUGGCUAGCAGUUUGGCUGAAGAAAUCAUCGGGGCAGUGAGGACUGUUACUGCUUUUGGAGGCGAGAAACAAGAAUCUGAACGAUUUGAUAAGCUUCUUCUCCCGGCUCACAAGGCCAAUAAAGUAAAAGGUGUAUUCACCGGAAUAGGGGAUGCAGUCAUUAGAUCAAUGUUGUUCUUCGCAGUUGCACCGUCAUUUUACUAUGGAGUUAUUUUGGUCUUAGGUGAUCGAGGCAAGCCUGAUCCAGAAUAUACACCAGCAGUUCUAAUGAUUGCUUUUUUGGGAAUUCUUGUUGGAGCCGAUAACAUUGCAAAGUGCUCACCGUUCGUAGACGCCUUUACUACAGCAAUGGGUUCGGCUGUGACGAUUUACGAAGUCAUUGAUUCAACGACAACCAUUGAUCCAAUGUCUACAGAUGGGAAAAUUUUUAAUUACGGACUCAAGGGAGAUAUUGAAUUUCAGGAUGUCUUCUUUAGAUAUCCCUCUCGUGAGGACGUAAUCGUUUUGAGAGGACUUAAUCUUAAAGUUCAAGCCGGACAAACUGUAGCUUUUGUAGGUCACUCGGGUUGUGGGAAAUCGACUUGUAUUCAACUUUUACAGCGAUUUUAUGAUCCUGUCUUUGGAAGUGUGACCAUAGAUACAACCGAUAUAAGAAAAUAUAAUAUAUCAUGGUUGCGUUCAAAUAUUGCAGUUGUGGGCCAAGAACCUGUCUUAUUCCAAGGCACAAUAGGAGAAAAUAUUAGACACGGGAAACCAGAUGCUACACAAAAAGAAAUUGAAUCUGCUGCUAGAGCUGCUGGAGCACAUGACUUCAUAAUUGAAUUGCCAUUAAGCUACGAUACUUCGAUCAGUGAAAAGGGCGUACAAUUAUCAGGUGGCCAGAAGCAGAGGAUCGCAAUCGCACGCGCUCUCAUUCAGAACCCGAAAAUUCUCCUCCUUGACGAAGCUACGUCAGCUCUAGAUUAUAAUUCUGAAAAACUUGUGCAGAAAGCUUUAAAUGCUGCCAGCAAAGGUCGCACUACAAUUGUUGUGUCCCAUCGUUUGUCGGCCAUCAGGGAUGCUGACAGAAUUGUUUUUAUUCAUGAGGGCCAAGCUGUUGAAGAUGGUUCUCAUGAAGAACUGAUGCAGUUACGUGGAAGAUAUUUUAACAUGGUAACUGCCCAUGAGUACAACGAUGACGAUGUCAAUGAAGAAGAUAUUUUGGAGAAAGAAAAACCUUUUGACAUUACCUUCGAUCAAACGAGUAUCAAUCUUGAAAAGAACGAACUGAACAAACAACGUUUAUCAAAUGCGUCAACUAUUGCAAAGCGUGUUCAUAGCAACAGUGACUUGCAGGAAGAAACACAAUUUGUGAGGACAUUUAAGAGAUUGCUAAAAAUUGCCAGGAAGGAAUGGUGCUUGUUAAUUAUGGGAACUGUUUUCGCCAUGAUGUAUGGUUGCAUUCAACCAGCCUAUGCCUACAUAUUUGGAGAAUUCUACGCCGCAUUGGGAGAGAGUGAUCCUGAUGUAGUUAUGCAUCGUACUUCGGUUCUGUCUCUUAUUUGCGUGGGAGUUGGCUUAUUGGUAGCAGCGAUUUGUUUCACUCAAAUAUACGUCUUCAAUUUGGCUGGCAUUGGACUUACAACGAAAUUAAGAUCUUUGACAUUUAAGGCUAUUCUUGCCCAAGAGAUCGGAUGGUUUGAUGAAGAAGAAAACAGUGUGGGAGUUCUUUCUGCAAGGUUGUCGGGAGAUGCUUCCAGUGUUCAGGGUGCAAUAGGACAGCCUUUAAGUGGAAUGAUUCAGGCAGCAGCGACUUUCGUUUGCUGUAUAUCAUUAUCUUUUUACUUCUCCUGGCAGAUGGCGUUGGCUUGCUUAUGCACAGCACCCUUUAUGGUAGGAUCAGUGGUUUAUGAGGCAAGGUACAUGGCAAGUUCAGCUGUUCAUGAAAAACGAACUCUCGAAGAAACGAGUCGCAUAGCAACUGAAGCCAUUGCCAACAUUCGCACUGUGGCUGGCCUUCGUCGAGAACCUCAAUUGAUAGAAGACUACAACAAGGAUGUUGAUAAAUAUAUACGACUACUCAAAAAGAGACUUCGUUUCAGAGGAGUUGUUAAUUCAAGUGGAUUCGCUAUUAUGUACUUUGGAUAUGCCGUAGCAUUGACAUAUGGUGGAAUUCUAUGUUCGGAAGGAAAGAUACUGUAUUACAAUAUUAUCAAAGUUUCCGAAUCACUUCUGUAUGGCCUUUAUAUUUUGGCACUUGCCCUUGCCUUUGCUCCAUCCUUUACAACAGCCCUCAUUUCUGGACACAGACUUCUGAGAAUAUUGGAUAGAAAGCCACGAAUUAGAUCAUCACACUUCUCCGAGAACAACUUAAAAAUUGAAAAGUCUUCAAAAGGAGUAACGUACAAUAACGUUUCUUUCCGUUACCCAACUCGCCCAGAUGUGCAAGUUUUGAACGGGCUAAAUUUGGAGAUCUUACAGGGAAAGACCGUUGCACUUGUAGGAGCAUCUGGUUGUGGCAAAUCAACUUGCAUUCAACUUUUGCUGAGAUACUACGACUCUGAGAGAGGACAAAUCUGCAUAGAUGGCCAGGAUAUCGAACAGGAUUUAGCACUGCCAACACUUCGUCGUCGAUUGGGUAUCGUUUCUCAGGAACCUGUUCUAUUUGAGAAGACCAUUGCUGAGAACAUAGCCUAUGGAGACAAUUACCGAGAAGUUCCAAUGGAUGAGAUUAUUGAAGCUGCAAAACUUGCAAAUGCACAUUCGUUUAUAGUGGCGCUGCCAAACGGAUUUGAAACGAAACUCGGAGCAAAAGGAACUCAGCUGUCAGGAGGCCAGAAACAAAGAAUUGCCAUUGCAAGAGCUUUGGUUCGAAAUCCACAGAUCUUGUUGCUCGAUGAAGCUACUUCUGCAUUGGAUUUACAAAGUGAAAAGAUCGUUCAAUCAGCUUUGGAUACAGCUUGUAAAGGAAGAACAUGCAUUGUCGUUGCUCAUAGGUUAACCACAAUCCAUAACGCAGAUUUGAUCUGCGUUUUACUGAAUGGAAAAAUAACCGAACAGGGUAGCCAUCAGCAAUUAUUAGCCAGGGAUGGUAUAUACGCAAAGUUAUAUAGAAGCCAACCUGCUAUAAGCUAGAUCCACAUGACUAUGUUUAUAAUAGUAUUUCGUAUAUGUAUAAGGUUCCUUUGAUUAAGUUAAAAUGAUGAUGUUGAGUAAAAAUAGUUAAUAACAUAA